UCCACUGUCCACUGUGUGUGUACCACGAGAAACGAUUUUUGGGUGUGCGUAAUGAAACUUAUUAAAUAAAAAAAAAUUAAAUAACCAAAAUGUCAAAUUCAAAAAGUGCACAUGUAUUUUAAAGUACACGGUCUUUAAUUUUCGCCGGAUUACGAUGAUUUUAUUGGAAGAAUUGUUCCAAUCAAAGCACUCGGUUCGAAUGAAUAACCUGAAAUACGUAGCUCGCAUGUAUUCGUCCUUGCUAUUGGAAGUGAUGUCUUAAAAUUAAUAAACAAAUAAUUGAAAGAAAAAAGACAAUAAGGAUGAGCAAUUUACGAUGUAAUUUUCAUCAGCUUCCGAUGAAUUUGCGAUAAAGAACAAUAUUAUAUUUAAAAAAAACAUGAGAUAUGCGUACCAAAGGUCUGCUAUUGUCCCUUAUUUGUAUAGUAGGGACCAGCAUUAUUUUCAUUGCGUUCAGCAAUCAACGACCUUCUAUACAAACUUUAGUCACGGAGACCCAUAAACAUCUACGGAAUUUUCAGGAAAACUUGAAAGAUGUGGAGGAGAAGCGUCUUGUGACAGAUUCAAAAUAUCUAGCGCUGCUUGGUUUAGAUGGUCAAGCUGGAACAACGACAGCACCGUCGAAGGCUCAAAACGUGACGGUUGUCACCCUUUUGAGGCCUGGGAGUGAGCAGCAUAUUUAUGGUUUCCUCAGGAACAUUACGCACUACUUACCCAACAAUAAUAUAGCAGUUUUUGGGGUUGGCUUGAGUGAUUACGCAUCUCAAACGGUCAGAACCGUUUGCAAUUCUAGCAGAUGUAAUGUGAUUCAAUUGGAUUUAAGUCCCUUCCCUGCGCAUGCAGAAGAUGAUAGAUUGCACGUCUAUCGACCUCUAGUCAUUCAGACAGCUUUAAAUACAUUAGGAAACAUACUGUACAUGGAUUCGAAUGUACGCCUGAACUCGUCGGAUGUGGUUAAAUAUCUCUCACCAAAGUCAGGAGUAUUGACAUGGCCAACAAAGCACGCCAUAAGUUCGCUAACUCAUCCAAAGAUGUAUGAGUAUUUUCACGUACCGGCUGAGAGCUUCUUUUUUCUUCCCUUUGUAAGGGCAUCGCACAUUGUUUUACGGAAUACCAGAGAAAUUCGUAAUAACGUUAUGUUGCCGUGGGUACAAUGUGCUCUGACACGAGAUUGCAUAUGUCCUAUUGGUGCACAGUCAGCAGGUUGUCGUUUCAACAAAAGACCGCAAUAUCGUUACUCAGGCUGUCACGCUUACGACACUUCGGCAUUAAACAUUAUCCUCGGAUUGUAUUUCAACUACGAUGAUUCUUGCUACGUUCAUCAAGAGCGAGAAACUUAUUUCACAAAAAUACAAUCGGACGAAGUUACGGAAGAGUACCUGAUGAUUGCGAGGCAGAACAACGCCACUGAGUCUAACGUCAAAACUUUGAUGUCGAUGGAACGCUGAAUCGAACGAAAUUUCAAAGACGAAAUAUAUAUCACGACAUACCUUUUUACAAAUGUAUUACGUUCACGAUAUCACAUUUGUGAACAAGCACAAUUUCAUUUAAGAUUUAAAUUAGAGAUAAUAAAUUGUCAGAGAACGCA